CUUUGGGUGCCGAGUCCCUGGUGCGGGUUAAGAUCUCCUUUGGAAUCUUCUGCAGAAAUAUAGCACCCAGCUGGAGUGAGACUGAGCACUGCCUUGGCCCAGGAUGGCCAGAGAACUCCAGGAAGGCACAGGCCUGGAUGCCCAGUGUGCACAGGACGCGAUGGGGUUCCUGAUCAUAAAGGGGGAGGAGGAAGAAGCCGCUGCCUUAGCAGAGAUGGCUGCUUUAGGAGGCGGCCUCCCUCCUGGUCCUGAGCGCUCCCGCCAGCGCUUUCGAGGGUUCAGCUACCCUGAGGCCGAGGGCCCCCGUGAGGCGCUGAGCCAGCUUCGGGAGCUCUGCCGACGGUGGCUGCAGCCCGAGACGCACAGCAAGGAGCAGAUCCUGGAGCUGCUGGUGCUGGAGCAGUUCCUGACCAUCCUCCCCGGGGAGCUGCAGUGCUGGGUGCGGGAGCAGCACCCCGAGAGCGGGGAGGAGGCGGUGCUGCUGCUGGAGCAUCUGGAGAGCCAGCUGGGCCCGCCCAGGCCGCAGGUAGAGGUCCCCGACAGUCACCAGGGGCAAGAGCUGCUACAUUGCGAGAUGGCCAUGUGGACACCAUCUCGAGGGUCCCAGAGUGGCCAGUUCCAGUCGGCGAAGGCUCUGCUCGAGUAUGAACCUCUGGGAUCCCAGCCCUUACCACAUGGAAGUGAGGAGGACCUUCUGGGCAGUGAGUUCCUCAUGCCUCAUCCAGCGUUAUUUAAGGGGCGGGCCCCUAACAGAUCCAUUGACAGUUCUUUUAUAACCCCGUCACUGAUGGACUUACACUGAGAUGGAAAGUAAAAGACAAAUUUCAAACAGUGGUGGAACACUUUCCCAACCAAGACCGGACAAAAAUUAGCUGUGUUUUUUUUUUAAAGAUUUAUUUAUUUAUGCAUGUAAGAGCUGGGGUACAGGCCAGAUGUGUGGUGCGUGAGAGGAGUCACCAGAGAGAGUGGGGAGCAGAACAGGCAGAUCUACUGAAUAUACUGCUGA